AUGUCUUUCGGAAGCAAGGCUAAGCUCAACACCGGCGCCGAGAUCCCCACUCUGGGAUACGGCACUUGGCAGUCCGCCCCCGGCGAAGUCUCCGUCGGUGUCUACGAGGCCCUCAAGGCCGGCUACCGCCACCUCGAUCUCGCCAAGAUCUACCAGAACCAGCCCGAGGUCGCCCAGGGUAUCAAGAAGGCCCUCGCCGAGAUCCCCGGCCUCAAGCGUGAGGACAUCUGGAUCACCUCCAAGCUGUGGAACAACAACCACAAGCCCGAGAACGUCGAGGCCGCUCUCGACGAGACUCUUAAGGAGCUUGAGCUCGACUACCUUGACCUCUACCUCAUCCACUGGCCCGUUGCCUUCAAGAAGGAUGGCGACAAGCUCUUCCCCCUCGCCGCCGAGGGUGAGGUUGACCUCGACCAGAGCGUCUCCUUGGUCGACACCUGGAAGGCCCUGAUCGACCUCCCCAAGUCCAAGGUCAAGAACAUCGGUGUUUCCAACUUCACCGUCGAGGACCUUCAGACCGUCAUCGAUGCCACCGGUGUCACCCCCGCCGUCAACCAGAUCGAGCGCCACCCCCUCCUCCAGCAGAACGACACCCUGAUCAAGUACGCCAAGGAAAAGAACAUUCACAUCACCGCCUACUCUGCCUUUGGCAACAACGGCUUCGGUCUCCCCCUCUUGAUCGAGAACGACGUCGUCAAGAAGAUCGCCACCAAGCUCAACGCCACCCCUGCCCAGGUCGUCCUCGCCUGGUCCCAGAACGGCGGCCACUCCGUCAUCCCCAAGUCCGUCACCCCCAGCCGCAUCCAGUCCAACUUCCAGGAGGUCAAGAUCUCGGACGAGGACGUCGCCGCCAUCAACGAGAUCGGCAAGGAGCCCCGCCGCUACAACAUUCCCUUCACCUACAAGCCCCGCUGGAACAUUAACAUCUGGGACGAAAAGGAGGAGAAGGAGGCCUCCAACAAGGUCGUUCGCAAGCUUUAA